GAAACAGCACCAACUGGAUGAACACAGCCGUUCUUGUAACGUGCAUUAGGAACUUCCGGAGAAACCGUGGUCCUGUUUCAGGGAUUCUCAAAGGCUACGUCGGCUUGAGCACUGCUAUUUUCACGGUGGUGUGCACUGCUCUGUUCUCCUCCGAUCCAGCUUCCUUUCUCGUCCUCCUCUCCGUCGUGCCUUUCGCCGUCUGUCUCACGGCGGUUUUCUUCCUCCGUGAAGUCCCUCCGGCUACUUCCACCGCCGAGGAAAACGAAGAGUCUCGCUACUUCGCAGUGUUCAACAUAGUGGCAAUUGUCGUCGCCGUGUACCUUCAGUCGUACGACGUUAUCGGAAUCAAAACCGGAGCUGUCUCCGUCGCAUUCGCCUCCGUGCUUCUCAUACUCUUAGCUUCACCUAUCGCCGUCCCUUUCCACGCCUACGUUCGGAGUUUAAAUCUGAACGAAGAAGACGUAGAAGUACGAGUCGAUGAACCUUUGCUGAGAUCGGAGAUCGCCGAAGAGACGGUGGUUGGUGCUGCCGCGGCGGCGGAUAAUGAGUUACCACCGUCUCCUACGCUUCUAAAGGAGGAGGAAAAGAAUCAAGGAGGUAUAAAGAAGAGGAGACCGGUGCUUGGAGAAGACCACACCAUAUUAGAAGCGGCGUUGACCGUUGACUUUUGUGUCGUUUUUGUGUGGAGUAGGAACUGGUUUAGCUGUAAUGAACAACAUGGGUCAGAUAGGGCUUGCGCUUGGUUUUACAGACGUCUCCAUCUUUGUCUCCAUGAUGAGCAUUUGGGGUUUCUUUGGUCGGAUUCUCUCCGGUACCAUCUCCGAGCACUUUAUCAAAAAAUGGAACACCAAGACCAUUAUGGAACGCAGCAUCUCAAGUUGUCAUGGCCGUAGGAUAUCUACUGAUGGCUUUAGCUAUACCCGGUUCACUCUACUUCGGUUCAGUUGUUGUUGGGGCUUGCUACGGAGUCCGGUUAGCCAUAACAGUACCAAUCGCCUCAGAACUCUUUGGUCUCAAGUACUACGGACUCUUGUACAACAUCCUCAUACUUAAUUUUCCUCUUGGUUCAUUCCUUUUUUCUGGUCUUCUUGCGGGUUUGCUCUACGAUGCUGAAGAUACACCGACUCCUGAUGGAGGCAACACGUGCGUGGGAGCACAUUGUUACCGUUUAGUCUUCAUUGUAAUGGCAUUUACAUCCAUCAUUGGAGUUGGUCUUGACCUCUGACUUGCGUUCAGAACUAAGGAGAUUUAUACCAAGAUUCAUGCGAGCAAGAAGGUUAAGAGAUCUAGUGGUAGUGUUAGAUGAAAAAUUGUGUUUAAACUAGAUAGCUUUUGGGUAAAAUCAUUUUUGGGUACACUAGUUCUAUUAGUAAUAUGUAGACUAUAUUCGUUACCAUUGGAUGGGAUGUUUGUACACUUUCACUUUUGAAGUGUUUGUGUAAAAACCAGUUGUAUGGUUCAAAAUUUCAGAUAGGAAAUCAGUAUUUUACAUUUUCACGAUUA